AUGACUCAUGGAUUUUUCAAUCCGGACCCGGAGAUAUACAAGAAGGAAAAGCCCUACGUGUGCCUCGUUCCUCUUACGAAUGCGCCACCAGGCUUCCAACAAUCUAAUGUAGAGUAUCAUAACAAAGACGUCAAUGUCUGUGAUAUUCGUCGAUCCGAAGAGACGUUCAAACUUGACGUCCAUGGUUUCCAACUGGUGAAACACCGACCCGCGUACGACGCAUGGCAUGAUGGUAUUCGCGUCAUAAGGGAAUACUAUCCUCAUAUAGUUGAUCUCUUGAAGAGUCAACUGGGAGCUCAGCGUGUUCAUAUCUACGACCACACAGUAAUUUCGCCGAUACACCCUUCUCAAAACGUGCAAGGAGCUCCCAGCAUCUCAGCACAUGCUGGCAAGUACGAACUUGAGGUGCAUCAUACGCUAGAUUCCCCAAUCCACCAGGUCAAGGAAGAUCUGCCUGGAGAAUCAGAUGCACUCCUACGAGGUCACUUUCAGAUUUCCCAUAGUGUACGGCAUCCCAUCGUAGAGCCAAUAGAGCAGCACCCACUUGCACUGUGCGAUUACCGAACUUCAAAACUGGAUGGCCACCCUUCGGAUCUUGUGAAUCCUCACUUCGACUCAGAGAAUCUACAAGUAGCGUACUCAAGCCUUCAGAAGUGGUACUUCAUCAAUCGCCAGACUAUUGAUGAAGCCUGGAUGAUAAAGAUGGCAGAUUCUGAGGCCGUCGUUUUACUAACAACUGUUCAAGUUGCACCGCAUACAUCUUUUGUUGUACCAUGGGCUCGCAAGGACUGCGCUCCGAGAGAGAGCAUUGAAUUUCGUGCUUAUGUCUUCUACGGCGGAGCUGAAUAA